CUCCUUCUCGUGCGACAACUGGCUCGUCUCUCCGGAUCGUGAGCUUCCAGAGAAAGCUCCUCUCCCCCACGAGAGUGCAACGGAGGGGAACGCCAAAAAAAGGGGGGGGGGAUCCCGGGAGAGAGCGAGAGGCGAAGCGCGGAGGGAAUCCGUUUACCUCCGCCUUCCUCCCACCUUGCGUUCUUGUACCUUGAUCCCCGGUUUUAAGCCCUGCGCGCCAACGGCCACACGGCUCCGGGUGAGGGUGAAACUGGCCCGCUUUGGAACGGCCGCGGGGCUGGCGUUCGAGCCGAGGGACGCCGGACGCUCCCAACUUUGAUCUCAACGUUCCAUCCGCAGCAGAACUCCUUUGAUUUACAAGCAAACCCGGACCCUUCGCUCGUGGUUGUUUUUAAAGUCGCGGCGUGGGAGGAAGGGGGCUGAGGAGACCAAACUGAAGGAAACGAAUCGAUUUUUUUUUUUUUUGCGGGGUGGGGAGUGGAAAAAACUCCACGAAUUUAAGAUGCCCCGAGCUUUCCUAGUGAAGAAGGCGUGCGUUUCCACCGGCAAGAGGAACUGGAGCGAACUUCCAGAUGAAGAAAGAGGGGAGAUUUACGUCCCAGUCUCACUGGGCGGGUAUGCCCUGUGGAAAAAUCUGGAGCCUUCCGUUGCAGAACCCCCAUCGUACUCAAUGCCACUGGACAUGACAAUACGAGACUCCAGUUAUAUGGCAGCACAGCCCCGUUGUACAGCCCAGGUCCCCAAUGGGAUACCCCAGGAUGGAGAGCCUGGAUUCUUGUGUCCCAAGAUCAAGGUGACCCAAGGUGAAGGGCCGGGUGAGCAGUUCUGCUGCCCUGUUUGCCAGAAAGGAUUCUCCUACCAGCGGAUGUUGAACCGCCACUUGAAGUGCCACAGCCAGGUGAAGCGGCACCUCUGCUCCUAUUGCAAUAAAGGCUUCAAUGACACCUUUGACCUCAAGCGCCAUGUCCGGACGCAUACAGGUGUGCGCCCCUACAAGUGUGAACUCUGUGACAAGGCCUUCACCCAACGCUGUUCCCUUGAGUCUCACCUGAAGAAGAUCCACGGAGUGCAGCAAAGUUACGCCUACAAGGAGCGCCGUGCCAAGCUGUAUGUCUGCGAGGACUGCGGUGCCACGGCCGACAGCCAAGAGGGUCACAUGCGCCAUCUGCAGGAGCGCCAUCCAGACAGUCCGCUGCUGCGCAAGGCUUCGCGCAAAUCAUCUGCCCUGCUCCAGAGCACCACCCCGCCACCCUCUCUGCAGCAGGGCAACUUUUGCCUUUGAAAGUGCCCCCAAAUGGAACGUAGAAGGGGCCUGUCCUCACUGGCAGUCUACUGGCAUCUCCAAGCAAAGUCAAGCCUUCUUUUAGCUCAGGGAUUCUCAGACUUUUAUCCAAGCACAGGAGAGACAACAUUUUUUGAGCCCGUAUAUGGAGAUAUUGAAGACAAAGGACAAAGAUGCCGUUGCUGAUCCAGCUCUGAGGACAAGCUGGCCCCAAAACAGAGCAAAGUACUAGUGAUGACCUUUUAAAAAGUUAGAUGCAGAAACUGAACUGGAGGUGACUGAGGGUGGGGGAGUGGGUUUGAGGGAGAUGUAGGGAAGUGUAUUUCAUCUUGCCGCUGCCUUAUUUCCUCUCCAGUUAUUCCCACAGGGAGCAAACAAGAUUCCAAUCCCUAGUCCAGGGUUAAUGCUGUUACAAGUGACACUAC